AAGGCAUCGAGGAUGACAGUGACCGGGUAAGCUAGCAUAGGAAAUAACCGGGUGUGGCUUUGAAAUUAUAUGAUGGGACACAGCAGAACUAAAAGCGCCAUUGAAAAACCUGAGUUUUGUGACUGGCAGAGGAGAUGGAAAAGGUGCUACAGGUAUGGUCGUUCAAACCAUUUCGGCAGCUUUCUUCUGCCCUCAAGGCAGGGCUCCUCCGGAACUGUGCCUCGUAGGGCUACAGUCUUUCCUUCAACGAAACCCGCACGGAGAAUGCCUUCUCCAACAUGUUGCGCGAUUGGAUGAGGCAUUCCAGAUGUUUUGCAGCGCAAGGGACGACAUCCGCAGUCUCCCCAAAGGCUCGAGCGAGGUGCGUACGCUUAUGGAUUGGGCCGCCGGCGGCUCUUCUGCCCCAAUUUCACAAGCCAGGAGCGGGAUCAUAGCUCUUCCAUUGCUCCUCAUCCUCCAAUUGGGACAAUAUCUGCGAUAUCUCGAGAUCCAUUCCCUCUCACACUCUGGAUUUGUUGAGCAGGUUCAGCAUGUUGGCGGUAUUCAGGGUUACUGUGGUGGCGCUGCUGCGGCCUUGUCGAUUGCUUGUGCCAAGGACGAGGCGGAAGUUAUUCAGAAUGCUGCUGUCUUCCUUCGGCUGUUGGUAGGCAUUGGAGCCUGCAUAGAAGCAGCCGACUAUCCGAGUACAGGAGCAUCGACUGUCAUUGCGUGUCGACUGAAAUAUGAGGGUCAAGGAGAUGAACUCGUUGCUCGUUUCCCAGGCACAUAUGUCUCAGCAGUAACGGAGCCUAGAUCCAUUAGCAUUGCCGGCAAUGCUACAAUAUUGGCCCAGUUGUUCGACUACGCACACGGCUUGGGAUUACCAGUCCAGCAAAUGGAGGUCACAGGCAAAGCACAUUGCCCGGACAAUGUCCCUCUUGCAGCUGGUUUCUUACAACUUUGGAGGCAGACACCAUCCCUUCAAUUACCUAAACAAAGUGAGCUACGAGUAUCGAUCAGGUCCAAUCGGAGUGCGAAAAAACUCGAAAUCGGGUCUGUCAUUGAGGACCUGAUCGUGAUGAUUAUUGCAUCAAGGUGCGAAUGGUACCAAGUUUUAACCCUCUGUGCCGAAGACAUGAAAGCUUCAGGACGGCGAGCUCACUCUGUUGUAACCUUUGGCCUCAAUGACUGCGUUCCUCUGGCACCAUUCAACAAGCAACGAUUAGAGGUGUCCAAAAUACUGCCCCCAUAUUUCUACGACCCAAAGGUAACUGCAACUCCAACAGUUCAUGAAGGUGCUAUAGCAAUUGUCGGAGCGUCUUGCCGCCUACCAGGUGCUACUAAUCUCGAGGAGUUGUGGGACGUGAUAUCAAGCGGCAAAGACUGCCACAAAGGAGUUCCCACAGACAGAUUCGACAUCCAAUCAAGCUCCCGCGCAGUCCAAAGUGGGAACGAGGCACAAAAGAUAUUCGGGAAUUUUCUUGAUGACGUGAAAGGCUUCGACAGGUCAUUCUUCGGCAUGAACGCCAGAGAAGCGGCAAACUUGGACCCCCAACAGCGGAUUCUUUUAGAGCUAUCUUAUGAAGCACUUGACUCAAGCGGAUAUCUGGUUUCCCACGUUCGAGAGAGGGGUGACCUAGUUGGCUGUUUCAUUGGGGCAAACAUGAUAGAAUAUCUUGACAACACGAACGCCCAUGCACCCUCGGCGUAUACCUCUACCGGAACCCUUCGCGCAUUCUUAUGUGGAAGGUUGAGCCACCAGUAUGGCUGGACUGCACCUUCAGAGGUUAUUGAUACUGCAUGUUCGUCUUCAUUGGUGGCAAUAAGUCGCGCUUGCAAUUCUAUCUUGUCAGGAGAAUGCGAUAUGGCACUUGCUGGUGGAGUGAACAUCAUCACAGGUGUUAACAACUUUUUGGAUUUAGGAAAAGCAGGAUUUCUUAGUCCCACUGGACAAUGUAAGCCGUUUGACGACUCCGCGGAUGGAUACUGUCGUUCAGACGGCGCAGGAUUAGUAGUCCUAAAGAGGCUUACUCGAGCACUGGAGGACGGCGAUCAAAUCUUGGGCGUCAUCUCGGGGAUUGCCACAAAUCAAGGCGGGCUUUCAUCGUCUCUAACAAUCCCUUCCUCAGAUUCCCUGCAGGCCCUCUUUCGAAAUGUUCUCCAGAAAGCAGAUUUCCAACCCUCCAACGUCACCUUUGUAGAGGCACAUGGAACGGGCACCCAAGCUGGCGACCCGAUCGAGAUGGAUAGCAUUCGUUCCAUUUUUGGGAGUUCAUCCCGGACAGUACCAAUCACUGUGGGCUCUAUCAAGGGAAACAUUGGCCACUGUGAAAGCGGUGCGGGUGUUGCGGGUUUACUGAAAGUCCUAGCCAUGAUAAAACAUGGCAAAAUUCCUCCUCAAGCAAACCAUAAACUGCUGAACCGGAAGAUCCCGCCUCUUGAUCUCGACGGAAUUCGAAUCAGCGAAGAGCUAUUGCCAUGGAACGUACCAUUGCGCGCCGCUUGUGUGAAUAGUUACGGGGCUGCAGGGUCCAACUGCGCACUACUUUGCCAUGAGAUGCCUACAACAAUUAAAACGAGGCCACCGCCGCUCCCACAUCCUGUCCUUCUCAGCAGCGCUUCAGAUAACGGUCUAGUAGCUAAUAUCCAAGCUUUAGUGUCAUACCUUGAAAGGAAUGUUUCUAAGUUAAGCAUUGCUGAUGUCGCUUUCACAUUGAAUGAGCGGCGGAAAAAACACAGAUAUUGCAUCAGUACAACUGCGACUGAUGUAGGAUCUUUGAUUCGUAGCUUGGAAUCCGUUCAGCCUUCUCCAUUCCAAUACCCAGAUAGGCCCACGCCAGUUGUUCUGUUACUUAGCGGACAAUAUGACAACAAGGUCGCACUGGAUCCCACAUGUUACAAAACCUAUCCUGCAUUGAAAGGAUACAUUGAUAACUGCGAUUCAAUUCUCCUUUCCCUUGGAUAUCCCUCCAUUCAGCAAGCCAUUAUUCAAACCGAACCCAUCGCUGAUGUUGUUUGCUUGCAAUGCAGCAUCUUCGCCAUGGAAUAUGCAUGGGCCUCCCUGUGGAUCAAUGCUGGUAUCAAACCUGCCGCGAUCAUUGGACAUAGUCUGGGCGAGCUUAUUGCACUUGCUGUGUCUGGGGCACUGUCUCUGAAAGAUGCUCUGAAUCUGGUCGCAUAUCGGGCACAUCUCAUUUCGACCCGGUGGGGAACAGAUUGUGGUAGCAUGCUUGUCCUUAAUGUCUCAGCGACUGAGGCACAAGCAACGUUACCGCCAGCUACCUUGGGCCAUUCCGAUCGAUCCAAGCUUGAUAUUGCAUGCUACAAUGGUCCCAGUUCAACUGUCGUCGCGGGAUCAUCGUCGUUGGUGCAAGCAACGGCGGACUUCUUAGCUGCCGGUUCAGGCGCAAGCGGAAUAAUUUCACAGCAAUUGUCUACUACACACGCUUUUCACUCAUCAUUGACCGAGCCAAUCCUUCCUUGGCUGCAAUCAAGGGCUGAAUCACUUGCAUGGAAUGAACCCAUUGUCCCUGUCGAGUUUUGCACGCACGAGCACCUAGAUUCAAUAUCAGAUUGGUCCGCUCCUAAGCACGCUAGAGAACCAGUAUACUUCUUUGACGCAGUGCGAAGGGUCGAGAGGCGUUUGGGUCCAUCAGUUUGGCUGGAAGCUGGAGUUAACACACCAAUUGUUGCGAUGACAAAACGAGCUGUCGCGAAUCCAGAUGCGCAUUUAUUCCAAUCAGUUAGGAUUAAAAUUGGCGAAUCUAUGGGCCAGUCAAUUAGUACAAUAAUUUCCAAGCUUUGGAGACAUGGCCUGUCCGUUUCAUAUAGUACCUUUUUCGGGCCUUCGUCUCAGGUGUUCAGACCUGUAUGGCUCCCGCCAUACCAAUUUGAGAGGCAAUCGUACUGGGUGGACAACAUUGAUCGUACCACGGAAGCACGCAAACAACUGCCACUCCAGUCAGUUGAAAAUGCCGUACCACCAAAGGACCUCGUUUUUACGAAGGAAUCCCCCGGCUCCUCGGGCACUACAUCCGUUUUUUACAUCAACACACAGUCUCUUCGAUACCAGCGAAUUGUCCAAGGACAUGCCGUUCUAGGUCAGCCACUUUGUCCAGCAUCGUUGUAUAUGGAAUGUGCAACGAUGGCCCUCCAGAUUCUUCGCGGACAAGAUAUCGAGUCUCAUUGCCUGAAUUUCGAGAAUCUUGACUUCAGCGCACCGCUAGGACUUGAUAGCACGCGCGAGGUUAUUCUUAAUUUGGAGUUGCAUUCCGAGCAGGCGUGGAACUUUACGGUGCAGUCGACAGUCUCUGGGUCAAGUAUGCACCCACGGGUACAUUGCACCGGCAGGUUGGCCUUGACCCUUCGUGCAGAAGUCUCGAUGUUUGGCCGCCUGGUGGCAAACUCAAUACAAACACUGCUCUCAAAGAAUAACACCGAGAGGCUCAUGUCAAAACGCGCGUAUGAUCUAUUCUCGCACGUCGUGACCUACGACCCUUCUCUACAGGGCAUCUUAUCGAUCGUACUUGACAAGACAGAGGCUUUAGCCAUUGUCAAACACUAUAAAGAUCAUCCUGAUAGCAAAGACAGUACGGCAUGGCACCGAUGCGAUGCUGUGACAUUAGAUACUUUCAUUUCAGUAGCCGGUCUGCUAUUGAACAGCAGCGACACAGUCUCCAGAGCGGAAGCCAUGGUUGCCGUAGGACUCGACCGGACAGUUCUAUCUUCCGCUUGCUCACCAGGGCCAAAUUCUGAUUUGCAAGUUUUUGUGAACUUCUCUCUGGUAGACAGCAAGCAGGCAACCGGUGACGUCUUUGUUUGUUCUCAGCGUGGCGAGGUCCUGGCGAUAUUCAGCGGUGUGCGGUUUCACAAGGUCGCAAUCUCGAAGCUUCAGAAGUCACUGGCCUCUGCGAACCCAAGCAUUUCAACAACUCAGAGGCUACAUCCUGUUGCUUCGACAGAGUCCGAUUUCACGGAUGAGGCGACAUUUCGAACACCCACUGAAUCGCACUUUUGCGCUUCAGUUCCGUCAGAUGACGAAAUGUAUCCUUCGUCCAAGAGUCAAAAGGAUGCCGUACAGGCACUCAUCUCAACCUACACUGGUCUCGAAAGCACUGAUAUCUCUGAAGACUCCCUACUAAUGGACUUGGGGUUCGACUCGCUGUCAUCUAUCGAGUUUGCCACGGAACUAUCAACAAUGUUCAAGGUCACGGUAGAUUCCCAAUCACUUGGUCAUAUCAGUUUACGUACGCUGUAUACACGUUUUGGGCUGGAAAUAGGCGGGAGGGCGAAACUGCCGGUAACCCAAAUCAGAGAGGAGAGUUUUACAGCAUCUCCCACAAAGUCUGCUGUCUUAUUCCCAUCACCAUCCCUUCGCAUUGUUCAACCGCUUGAGAUUCUAGGAAAUCCGCUGAACGCACUUGAUGAUUCUAAUCAUUACAUAGAAGACGCGAGUAUUGAUCAGGGUUUUGCGGGAUACUGGAAUGUUGUCGCUCCAUUACAGAACGAUUUGUUGAUUGCGUACCUCUUGGAAGCCUUCCGGAAGCUCAAUCUGGAUCUACUCUCAAUCACUCCCCAGAACCCAGUUCCUGCAGUCAAAUACUUGCCAAGGCACGAAAAGCUAAUGUCGAGAAUUUGGUGGAUCCUCGAGAAACACCAUUAUGUGGAGAAACGAAAUACCGUGAUUCUCUGUAGUCAAGAAAUGCCUAACCGCUCCGUACUCAGUUCCUCUAGCGUUUAUGACGAUUUUGUCCAAAAAUUUCCGCGAUACCUUCCUGAAGCGAAACUGAUAAGGCUCGUAGGUGAACGCCUCGCAGAGUGCCUGAAGGGCGAAGAGGACCCAAUCGCUCUCCUGUUUGGAAAUGCCGAAUCAUCUACGAUAAUGGAGGAAUACUAUAGUUUCUCUCCGAUGCUGUCAACAAUGACCCAACAUUUAGUAACUUAUUUGAUGAAUUUUCUCGGACCAUUGCAAAGGGGCGACACUACCAUUCGCAUUCUUGAGAUCGGGGCGGGUACUGGCGGGACCACCAUCAAACUGGCAGAAGCUCUGGGCAAGCUUGACAUAACAUGCGAAUAUACGUUCACGGACAUAUCUCCCAGGCUAGUUUCAAAGGCCAAGUCGAAAUUUUCUAGGUACCCGUGGAUGAGGUUUGCUGUGCUGGAUCUGGAGAAUCAUGUCAAAGAUGAAUUCAAACACGCCUUCGAUAUUGUUAUAAGCACAAACUGUGUUCACGCGACGUCAGAUAGAGAACGUUCAUGUCGUCGCAUAUGGGAUACACUUACCGAUGAUGGAAUCGUCAUUCUUUCUGAGGUCACAAAAAGCAUUGAUUGGUUCGACAUGUGUUUUGGAGUUUUGGAAGGUUGGUGGCUUGCGGGGAGAGGGAGCGAGCACCCACUUCAAUCCACAGCCGUAUGGAUGGCUGCAUUCAAAAACGCUGGCUUCUUAUCUCUAGGUUUCUCUCAGGGCUCCACUCUAGAGACAAAUACACAGCAGCUGCUUGUUGGGUGUAAAAGACACUGGCCUAGCCAAACAAUGGCAACUCCUCCUUCAGAUGUUGUCUCGGGCAAGAUGGAGACAUUUGAACUGGAGACCAUGAUUUACAAAGAUGUAAGUGGCAUUCAAAUUGAAGCUGACGUCUACCUUCCUGGUGCUUUUACAUCUUCAUCGAUGCCUAUUGCUCUCAUGAUUCACGGAGGCGGCCACAUGGCAUUAUCUCGGAAGGCUAUACGCCCAGCGCAGACCAGAUAUCUGCUCGCCAACGGUUUCCUUCCCGUCAGCAUAGACUAUCGUCUUUGUCCAGAGGUCAACCUUGUAGAGGGCCCGUUUGCAGAUGUGCGGGACGGAUACUGGUGGGCCCGUAGCGAACUUCCCCUUCUACUUUUGAAACGCGGUAUCAUGGUUGACAGUGAUCGUGUUGUGGUCAUCGGUUGGUCAACGGGAGGCCAUUUAGCAAUGUCUCUUGGGUGGACGACUCGAGAAGCUUGCCUGCCGUCCCCCACGGCUAUACUUUGCUUUUACACACCCGUUGAUUUUGAAUUCAAUGCUUUAGACAAUCACCGUCGGCCAGCACUUCCUAGGCCGCAGUUGAGCAUCUCAAGUAUUCUUAAAACCCUACCAAAAGCUCCACUCACAAAAUAUGAGACGUCUUCCGGAGGCGAAAAUAACCUGGGAUGGCUUCGCUCGGGCGACCUACGCUCUGAAUUGUUGCUCUCCGUCUUUUCUGAUGGAAUUGGUCUGCCUCUGCUCCUGAAUGGCUUGAGCAAUAAUUCUGAUGACGGAUGUCUUGAAACACCGGCGGCCGAGCGAAUAGCAGACAUCAGCCCACUCGCGCGACUUCAAAAAGGCCACUAUGACAUACCGACCUUCAUGAUCCACGGGAAGAAAGAUGAAAUCGCGCCGUUUGUUGGUGCUGAGCGCUUUGUAGCUGCACUCCGGAAAUCUAAGAUCCGUCAUGGUUUCUUAGAGCUCAAUACCUCGCAUGUCCACGACUUGGAGCUGGUACCGGGCAUGAAAGAGUGGGAGGAGCAGGUCGCACCUGGGUAUCAGUUCCUCUUUGAAGUUGUACAAAAUGCUGCAUCACAACAAUAAGCCGACAUCCUAUCGUGAAUAAUAUGUUUCCUUCUUCCAUAUUUCGGCCGGAUUCAUC